UCGAUUGGUAGAGUUACUUAGUCGUCGAGUGUCGAAUCUAGCAAUAGCAAAAUGUUCAAAGCCGUGGUUGUCUGUGCUGUGAUUGCUGUGAGCCUUCUUGGGGUCAUCCACGCGUCGGAUCUGAUCCUUGGAAACAUCCUGGCCGGAGAUAGGAUUCUUCACAACCAGGGAUACGUUGGCGCUGGUAUUCCGAACCAAAUUGCUAACCGCGUGGUCAGCUACAAUGGAGUGUACAACAUUACCGCGAUUCGGGCGUACGAUCGAUCCUUCAACCGAACCGGGGCGGCUUCAUUGACCUAUGGAGGCUUGGGGUACAAGAAUGCGUCGAUUUUGGUGCAAGGCAGAAGUGCUGGAUACGGAUAUGACUAUCUGGUGGAGAUCUAUGGACGUUAAGUUGUUAAGAAAGAAUAAAUUUAAUUGAAUCGUGAA